AUGGUAAGAUUAACUGCUGAAUAUAUUGAGAGAAAAUACUCCCAAAUGCAAUUAAAUAAAUCACUCAGUAAGAAAGUAAAAAAAGAUCAAUUACAUAUCUUAACUCAUUUACGUAUGAACAAUAUGUUUAUCAGCAGUAUUGGCAAUUUUGUCAAUUACAAAAAUCUUAAAGUAAUAUAUUUACAAAAUAACAAUAUUUCGAUAAUAGAGAAUUUACACUUUGCGUCUAACUUAACGCAUUUAUACCUACAGCAUAAUGCAAUAAGUAAAAUAGAAAAUUUAAAUUUUCUUGAAAAAUUACAAACACUUUAUUUAGGAUAUAAUAAAAUAUUGAUAGUGGAGGGCCUUGAAUGCUUGAAAAACCUAACAGUUUUACAAAUAGAAAAUCAAAAAUUAUCUUUUGGAGAAUCAUUGUGUUUUGAUCCUCGAAGUAUACUUACUUUAUCUACCUGUUUGAAAGUACUUAAUAUUUCGGGUAAUAAAAUUACAUCUCUAAAAGGCAUUAAGGAAUUACGUAAAUUAGAAGUUUUAGAUGCUACAAACAAUUUUAUUAACGAUAUUGAUGAUCUAACAGAAAGUAUAAGUGUCUUGAUUUCGUUAACAGACUUAUCCUUACAAGGCAAUCCAGUAACUCAAUAUUAUAGGUACAAAGAAAACCUUAUUGCAAAUAAUGAUACAAUAAAAUCUUUUGAUGGAAAAAUGAUAUCAGAUGUCUGUAGAUGUUUCAUGAAAAGAUUUAAGAUAAAAAAACAUCUUCAUCAUACCAAAAAAUCAUUGACUACAGCACUAGAUGAAGAUAUUACAAGUUCAUUAAAUUUACCACCUGCAUUAAAAGAGUCAAUAUCUAGAGCGAUAUUUCAACAUCCUGAUUCAAAAUUUCCUACUACAAUUUCAACUACAAUUAAUAAAACGGAAUCAUACUUGUUUCCAUUAUGGAAAACAGGUUCAAAUAUUUUACAAAAUGGUCAUAUUGCACCAAGGCCGUUUUGGGGUAAUAUAAUUAAGGCAAGAAAUUCUCGUAGUAUGCGACCUUUGUUGAAUAAUGAAGCUAUUAAAUUGCCACCUAUCUGA